UGAAGCUUUUUAAACAAAAGAUCUGGUCAAAUCAUAAUUUAAUAAUUUCGUAAUCCACAAAAGUUACAGCGACACCACGUAACUGACAAAAAAAAUGUACGGCUCAGAUCUCAGUAGUUUGGCCCAUCAAGGCCACGUGAUAAGGGUCAGAAACUCCCCCACCACCUCAUUAAACCAAUUAUCAAAUCUCAGCUCUUCUGGGCAACUGACACGACUCCUAAUCUCUACCGUCCACGUGUCAAUCGUAGUUUCAAUCCUCUGCUAGUAACCGUUAGGACAACCGUGUGCUGCCGCAGGAGGCUCUGUUUCCCUCUCGCUCUUUCGAGCAUUACUAAAUAAUGUUUUCCCCUAAAGAUUCCACAGCGAGGAGAUGGGUUGAAAUUCCAUCAAUUCCCAUGAAAUUUUUUUAUUUCUUUAAUUCAAUUUUUUACCAUAUUUUCCAUCAAAUUGGGUCGCCAUAAGGCGUCAAUCCAUGCAUUUUUUUUAUUCCUCCAAUGGGAUCUUGAACUUUAUCUUCAAACUUCAUCUCAGCUACUUCCCAAACUUCCAUGGCUUUUUGACGAAUCGUUUUCUCUCUAUUUGCUUUCUUUGGCUAUACAAACCCAUCUGACAUUCUUGCCAUUUGAAGCUUUACACUAUUUGUGAAGCUUCAAAUUUCCGUGCGCUUUUUCCUCUGUUACAUUCGUUCUCGAAACUUUUUUUCACCCCAAGAAGAAAGAAAGAAGUGGAGCUCAAGUCAGAGAUCCAUGGCGGAUGGAAACUUAGAUCUAUACAAUAGAUCCGAAUUUGCGCAGAUUUUUCAGAGUUUUGGCGUUGAAUCUUCACUUGAUUUGAUUUAGAAGUUCACUUGAAGCUCAGUUACCGGAGUGAAGUUGAAAUCGAAAGUGGAGCUGAAAACUGAAGGAUAUGAUGAGGCCUGUGGAGGAUAAAAGCUGCUAUAAUCACGAACCGAUUCGAGAUUUAUCGAGCAGUGCGAUAAGUUUCGAGUUUCAGAAAGGGAAUGGAGGCAAACGAGCUUCGCAUCACCGUACGGCGUUAGGAAAACCAACGCCAUCGAAAUGGGACGACGCGCAAAAAUGGCUGGUUGGAUUUUCAAAGGGAGGGGAAAAUAAUCAAUCGAAAACCACACCGAGAAACUCGAAUGCGGAUGAUUUGAGGCUUAUAGCUCCUGUGCCACAGAAGGAGCAUGAUUAUUCGAGCAACGAUGAAGAAGAACUACAACAACAGCAGCAAAAUGGAUGCUCUGUUUCUGCAAUGGCGAAUCAGUACGAAGCAGAGACGAAGAGAGUCGAUUGUCGCGAUUCAAUUUGGCGAAUCAAUAAACAGAAGGAGAAUCCCGCAACGGCGGUGAGGUCCAUAUGCGUGAGAGACAUGGGGACGGAGAUGACUCCGAUUGCGAGUCAAGAGCCAUCGAGGACGGCGACGCCGAUUCGAGCCACGACGCCGGCGGCGCGUAGCCCUAUAUCGUCUGGAUCGUCAACUCCGGCGAGGUACGAUCAGGCGAAGCAAGCUACUGAAAGCUCUCAAUCGAGGAUUCAGUUCAAUGAUGGCAGAGUAGAAUCGAACUCGAAUCGAUGUGGUGAAGAAUCAAACGCCGUCAAAAUAGGUGAGAACGAUCGAGAUUCUUCUGAUCAAGCGAAAAAGAUGAACUCGCUAGAAACUAGGGCAAUGGCUUGGGACGAAGCGGAACGAGCCAAAUACAUGGCCAGAUUUAAGCGAGAAGAAAUGAAGAUAGAAGCGUGGGAAAAUCAGGAGAAGAGAAAAGCGGAGAUGGAAACGAAGAAAGUAGAGGCUCGAGCGGAGAGGAUGAAGGCUCGAGCGCAGGAGAAGAUGAGGAACAAGGUCGCGGCAACCAGAAGAAUGGCGGAAGAGAAGCGAGCAAAUGCAGAGGCCAAACUCAACGAGAAAGCCGUAAUCACUUCGGAGAAAGCCGAUUAUGUAAGGAGGACUGGUCAUUUGCCUUCUUCGUUCUCCUUCUCCUUCAAGUUCCCUUCCCCCUGCUGGUAGUACUCGCCUUUUUUUUUUUUUAAAUGGAAUGUUGCAAUGUAAUGUAUUUUUUGGUGAAGGGAUUUUCGAUAUAAUAAUAAUAUGAUGUGGACUUUUCUUUA